AUGAGUGGGCUUGAGGGAGAAGAGAGCACCCGAGCAUUGGCGGAGGCGGAGAACGGGCGGAUUGACGUCGGAGAACAUCACGAUAUUUCCAAAACGUCAUUUCUUGGCACCGGGAGCAUCAGGCUUGGCAUUACUUAG